AUGUUAUUGUUCAAAAUCGAUUUUGACAAAGCAUAUGACAACGUGAAUUGGGAGUUUUUGUUAUCGGUUCUUGAUCAAAUGGAUUUUCCUUCGGUUUGGUGCGAGUGGAUUCGUGGGAUUUUGGUUUCUGCUAGAUUUUUGGUUUUGGUGAAUGGGUCACCAACUUUUGAGUUUGGUUGCCAAAAAGGUAUUCGUCAGGGUGACCCUAUAUCCCCUUUUCUUUUUAUUAUUUUGAUGGAGGCGUUUUCGGGUUUGAUGAAUAAGGCGUGUGACAUAGGAGCUUUUGAUGGUAUACGGCUUCCUAACGAUGGUUCGGUAUUAUCGCAUUUGUUAUAUGCGGAUGAUGCGAUAGUUGGUGUCGAUAUUGAAGAAUUAAAGAUUGAAGCCGAUUCAUUGGGUUGUAAAGCUGGAGAUAUUCCAUUUGUCUAUUUGGGCAUCAAGGUUGGGGCGAACAUGAAUAGGAUUUCGAAUUGGGAUCCGGUUGUGAACACGUUCAAGAGGAGGUUGUCGAAAUGGAAAGCUAACACAUUGUCUAUUGGUAGCCGGGUGACGUUAAUCAAAUCGGGUGGGUCGGAUGAUGUUAGGAAGAUGAGUUGGGUAUCGUGGGAUGUUGUUACAAAACCUAUACGGGAUGGAGGUUUGGGGAUAUCUAGAUUAGAGAUGAAUAAUAUAGCGUUGAUUGGUAAAUGGCUUUGGAGGUUUUAUAAUGAACAACAGGCGAUGUGGAGAAGAGUGAUUGUCUCUAUUCAUGGUUCUAGCCGAAGUUGGGGUGUCGCGCCGGUUAAUAACUCUAUCACGGGCGGAUGGAAAAAUUGUGUUACAUUUUGGAACAAAUACAAGGUUGUUGCAUUUCAGCGGGAAUUUGGAACGGGAUAUCUAGAUGGUGCAAGAUUCCAGGGAUGUUUGUUUCAGAGCGCGAGGAAUGAAGAAGUUUUUUCGAGUAAGGAACCGAAUGUAGUGGAGAUGAUCGCGGACAUCAAGACAUUGGGGUUUUUGUGGUAUAAAUAUAGGUUUAAAGGAAAAGUAGUCGAUUGGGAUCAGUGGUGUUCUUUUGAUUUGAUGUAA